GGCGAUGACGUCAUUUAAAAAAACGUUAACGCUACCCAAACAAACAACUUGUCGAAACAGAGGAGAGAUUUGAAGUUCGGGAAGUUAAACUGUACUGUUAUUUUAUCUGGAAAGCCGGACCGGAAGCAUACAGUAGAAUAAUGUGUGUUGUGUUGGCGAUAAUAACAGCUGCUGUUACAGCAUAUCUGCUUAUUUACUACAACGCGUUUAGAGGAGCCAGGUGCAGGAGUACAGCGGUGCUGAAGGGGAAGACAGCUGUGGUCACUGGUGCGAACACUGGCAUUGGGAAGGCGACUGCCCUGGAUUUGGCCAGGCGUGGGGCCAGGGUUAUUCUGGCCUGCCGAAACAAGGAGAAAGCUGAGGCGGCUGUGUUUGACAUCAGAAGGGAAACUGGUAACACGGCUGUGCUGUUUAUGCAUCUGGACUUGGCCAGUCUGAAGUCUGUGCGUGAUUUUGCUGAGACAUUUCUCAAGACCGAGCCCAGACUGGACCUGCUCAUCAACAAUGCAGGAAUGAUGGCAGCAGGCAGAACUGAGGAUGGCUUUGGCAUGGUUUUCGGGGUUAACCACCUCGGCCACUUUCUUCUGACUCUGCUGCUGCUGGAUCGGCUGAAGGCAUCAGGGCAGAGUCGGAUCAUUAAUGUGUCAGCCAGGCUGCAUCGCCUGGGCUCUGUGGACUUCAACAUUCUCAACACACACAAGGAUUUGGUGACAGGACAGUCACUGUGGCACUGCUUCAUGGCCUACUGCCAUAGCAAACUCUGUAAUGUGCUGUUUACCCGAGAGCUGGCCAACCGUCUAGAGGGGAGCAGCGUGACCUGCUAUUGCCUGCAUCCUGGAGUAGUAGCUACAGAAUUUGGCCGCAAUAUGUAUUUUUGGGUGAGGCUCCUCUGGCUGAUCUUCUCCAAGCUCUUCUUUCUCACCCCAGAAGCCGGAGCUCAGACCACGCUACACUGUGCCCUCCAGGAGGGCUUGGAGCCUCUGAGUGGCCGAUACUUCACCUCUUGCACCCUACAGGAAGUCAGUGACAUGGCCCGAGAUGAUGGGCUGGCCAAAAAGCUGUGGGAAGUGAGCGAGAGGAUGUGUGGCCUGUCGUGAGAGAGAGGUAUGAGGGGCACAGAAGAACUUGAGGAGAGAAAAUGACACCAAAAUCCUUGUGAACAACAGUUUCCCAGGGUUUUAUUUAAUGACCACUGGGUGCCUAGUGCCAGUGGGGUGAUAUUGUGUGAUCAUAGAUUGAUCUGUGUUAUCAUUGUUCUUACACAUUACACUGACAUUGAUUGGUCAAAGGAAGUGAGCUUGAUGUAUCAUUAAUCACUGUUGUUAUAUUCCAGUUCGUAAUGUGAAAUAUUCCUGCUAUUUUAAUAUCCUGGAAUUUGGCUGAUUGGAUAACUGCAUAAAUGAGCAGGUGUGACCUGUGUGUGUGUGUGUGUGUGUGUGUGUAUAUAUGUAUACAGGGUCUCCCAAAAGUCUCAGUACAUAGGGGAAAUUAACACUUUUUAGCAAAAUGUCUUCCAAAUUUGUCUAAUCAUUUACUUAUUAGUGUAAGUUCAGCCCAGAGAAGUGUAUAAUUAUUACUAUAUCUGUAUUAUAUCUGUGUCUGUAUCACUAUAUCAGUUUUAUAUCUUCACAUCUCCCAGUCUUUCUGUUGCAAUUGCCAUCAGAUGCAUUGGAUUGGGAGCUGCUGUUGCUGUAUCCGCUCAGUUUUCUUCACUAGGUGGCAGUAGUGUGCCACUGAAACACUCCAGACCUACCAUUCUUAUCAGCAUGAGUGCGAGGGCAACAUAACCCUAACUAAAAAGACAUCUGUCAGGAUGACAGCCAUCGGGAUAUGGUGCUGCAAAGCUUUAGAGAACACUGAGAAAUUGAAAUCAUUUCCUGUAACUUUGGAAGUGUGUUGUAGUCCUGAUGUGUUCUGAUUUUAUGGCUUCAUCUGCUGUUCACUGACCUUCCUUUCCUGAGAGGGCUCUGUGACCAGACCAGACCUCAGUCUUUCAAGCUUAACAUGAAAUAACAUCUUAAACAGUCAUAUAAGGUGUGCUGGGAUUAUCAGCUUUGUUUAGGUAUUGUGCAGGUGUUCAUCGUGUGGUUCGGAUCGUUACAGAGAGCCGAGCCUCAAGGCUGCCAGGAGGUCGAUGAGAGUGAAGGUGUAUAGAGUGAAAGCCUUUCUCAGGCUCGUGGUAUGAUUAGGCUGUUGCUUAUAGAGGGUAUUUUAUAAGUAAAAGUUAUUUUGGCAUGCACAAUUGGCUGAUCCAUUGAUUGAUAUUGUAAGCUUGAUGCUGUGUUCCACUUUCUACUGUGCUCUUUUGACUCUUUGGCCUUUCACAGCAUUGUGUCGAGCGACAGAGACAGUGCUGGUGAGUUCGAAGAGGACAGACCUUAAGAAUCGUUGUCAGUGCUCUCAUGCAUCUUUAAAAAAAACUAGACAUUUAUGCUAGGGGUGUGUAAUAUACUAAAAAUAUCAUAUUAUGAUUCUCAAAGACAUGUCUAUGAUACGCGAUGUGCAUCAUGAUGUUUAGGUUUGCGAACAAAUUGCUAGCAAUACAGUAGUGCUGCAUUAAAAAAAAAAAAAAAACCUGUUUGAUGAUAUAUUAUUUAAUUUACAAUUCCUAAUAUUUUUCAAUAGUUUUUAUAUUAAUAAUACAAAUAUAUUUUAUUUGUGUUGAAUAAAUAAGUAGAUAGAUCAACAAACAAUCAAAUAAUCCUGAAAAUAAUCUGUUUUUUAGCAUUUUACAAUUUUAAAGAUUAAGUACACAAUUUUAACAUCAAAUGAGCUGCUAAAAAAUACAUAUAAUAAAAUACAUUUAAUAAAAGGAUAACAUAUUCUCUCAGAAAAGUCCAUGGUGACAUGAUUUAUCACAGUAUCAAUAUUAUAUAUUGUCAUGUGGCCCAGCCCUAAUUUGUACAUAUUUUCCAGUCAUGGGAAAUAUGACAAACUAGAUAAAUUGCCCUGGACAUAUCAGGAAAAUCCUGUAAAAGUGCUGUUAAGCUACUCAGCUCAGAUAAAAACUAAACCAAGAAGGUCUGGAGCAGUUAUAAAGGGAAAGGGUGAGCAUACAUGUUAUCAGAGAAUAUCAGAUUAAGAAAGGAAAAUGCAAACCUGUGAACUGAUAUCACUUUUAAUGAGUAUUUCAUUAAUAUCCUAACAUACACUGUUUGACCAUUUGUUAUUUAUGUUAUUUAGUGAAGGAACAUUUGGGAAACCUGACACACUAAAUGCCUUGUUGCUAUAAAUCGAAUUUCUCUCUCUGAUUUAUUUUGUCCUAAGGGUAUGCAAACUUUUGUUUUUGACUGUAUACAUCACAAUAUAUAAUAAAAAUAUGACUUUGCUUAACAAUUACUCACACACAUUGACAUGCUUUCCUCAGCAUCGUUUGUUUAACGGUGUUACCAACUUUUUUUAAUUGCUAACUAUAAAGCAAGAUUGGUUCUCAACUCUCAGAAGUCUAAAGUUACAGAUAGAGAUCCAACUGUCGCCUUUCACAAACAUCUGUGAUGUAUCUGUCAUGUAAAAAAAAAAAAGUGCUGUUAAAGUUCUGAAAAAUUCCCUAAAAUUGUAUGAUCCUUCUCAGUAGUAUGCUGUAUGAGAAUCAGCCUCCUCUGUGUAUGUCUCCAUGCACCGUAAGAUCGCUGUUCGAUUCGAUCUCCAGACGUGACACAUCGAUGAGCGAUGCCAGGUGUUUGCCUUGGAUGCACUCCCGAGCUCAUGGGCACAGUACUUAACCACUGGAUUAGUGCAUCAAUUAGCAAUCGCUGCAUGAGAGAGCCCUGAUUGAUCGAGAACGCUGAUGGUCGGGUGAGUGUGAGACAAGCUGGACCUUGUGUUUGUGUAAAACAGCUGACUGCGUGCUUCUGUGUUCACUGCACUGGGUUAUAUCUACUACAGUCUAAUGCAUAGGUAGAACCUGCGCUGUACCCAACACCAGUUUUGUCCGAAUCACAAAUCCUUUAUGUAAUAAUUUGCACUAGAAACCGAUCCAAACACUUUCCAAAAACCAUCAAUUUAGCCAUAUUCGUGGUGUAGGUGAGGUGAACCAUAGUGGCUAAUAUAUAAAGGACGUCCACAGAAUAUGUAAUUCUGUGAAGGUUUUUUUUUUUUUUUAAAAAGACCAGUCAUCAUUCUUAUCUCCAGCACAGAGCUACACCAAUAGCCAAAUGGAGAAGAGCUUGAAAGAAAAGAGAUACGUCACGGUGUGCAAUUUGAGACACUUGUCUGAUACUUGUAUUUAUUCUAUGUCAUACAGAAGACAGGCUUGUUUCUUUUAAAUACUAGAUACAUUGUACUUGUACUUUCAAUCCUGGGCUCGGGUUAAUGGUUGUGUGGUUUCGGAUGUUCUUCCUGUGUUUUUGUGGGUUUCCUUCAUGUUCGCAGGUUUCCUCCCACCUGCCAAAAAACAUGCUUGGUAGGUGGAUUGGUCAUGAUAAACUGGCCCUAUAUGUGGAUGAGUGUGUGAAUGUGUGUGCAUGAUGUCAUGUCCCAUCCAGGAUGUAUUCCUGCCUCACACCCAGUGUUCCCAGGCUCCAGACCCACUACAAGCCUGACCAGGAUAAAAUGAAUGAAUGAUUGACGUAGGCAAUAGCAUCAGAUGCCAUUCUGUGCCAGACAUAUUGUUUCUGUGUGAUACUUUGCACGAUGGGACGUUAGUCAAAUAUAGUUCUGGAAAUCUAGCACAUUCUCCUGGCCUUUUGUUCAUAUUUUUCAGUACACAAGACCAUUACGUACGCUCCGUCCUUGUGCAGGAUAUAAGUCACACCUACAUUAUGGAUAAACAUCACAUGACAUGCCUGGGGGUGUGUAGCAGGUGUUGAGGGGCUGAUGCUCAGGACAUAGGUCUGUAGGGACGUAGCGUCUCUCACGGUGCAGUAACACAUUAGGUGUAGGGUAGUGUAGUAGGUGGAGCUGCUGAUUGCAUGCGUACUGUAUGCAUGUGUAUGUUUGAUAGGCAUAGGCGGGGGUGAUGACAGUUUGGAGCCUUCAGAUCCAGCUUAUUAAACAUUUUCUCCCUCUCUUUCUCAUGACACGCCUCAUGGAAAUGCCAGUUGUAGUCGGUAAAUAGAAGUAUCCUUUGGGUCAUGUUAUUUCCACAGGUGCAAUUAGCAUCCCCAUCUGCUAAUCUGUGAUUAAUAAUGUUUACAAAUACACUAGAGCACUCCAGAGAGCAAAUCUCACCUUUCUUUCUCUCUGGCCUGCUCCGCUCUCUCUUGCUCCCCUGUGCGAAUGGACACACCCACACAGCUGAUUUCUCCAAUGUCCUGUUAUUAAUAGUGAAGGGGAGUCAAGAUGCUGAUCUUAUUUUUAGGGGAGGGAGGAUGUUAAAGGAAAAGCCAGCGCUUCACGUCAGUUCUGCCGUCUGAACGGUACAGAGGGACUGAGUGAUUGAUGAUGUUGGCACGUUCCAUGUUGGCGAGAAGCUGCUGGAAUUAUGCAGGGUCAUUCUGUUACCUGCGUCUGUUGCUCACCGUUGGGUUUCUUUCCUCAUCACCCUUUUAAUUUUGCAGCUCCAGUUUUGUCAGUGUACAAGUUUGCAACUGUUUUAUAGUGGAAGAUGAAUUGUUUGGGGGAGUUUAUAGGAAAAUGGCCUCUGAAACAUUGUGCUUAACAUUUAACACCACGGCUGCACUGCAGUUAUUAAAUAUCAUAACGACAACAUGAGUUACAGUAUAUUAAGAUGAAACAUAUACGUGCUAAUGAUUCUCUGACUGGAUAUGCAACAAAAUAGAUCUGGAAAAUUUAUGGAAAGAAUAUUUGGCAUGUAUGACUAUUUCUGCAAAUAUUCACCCUACAAGAAACAGAAAAUUUUGUUUAUGCCUUGUAAAAAGACAAUGAGCCCAAAUUCCAAAUGGCUUCCCAAAUCACAUACACUACAUAGGGUAUACUAUCCCAUAGUGCAUUGCACAGUGUAUUGCACUAUAUGACCCAUUUAGCACCAUUUGUGAUUCAGGCAGAGAAUAAUACGACAGAAAUGCCAAAAGCCAGAAAGGGAAAAUCUUCAGACAGAGAAUGUUGCGUCUUUAAGAGAAAGUGAGGGAAUGAUUGUUUAUAGCUGCCAUAGCAUUAGUGAUAACAGGAGCUAACUUGUUCCAAGGGUGUUUGUUCCACAGCAUUAAAUCUAAAAAAUAUGUAAUAUGUAAUUGUCGGCAAAUAUAAAUAUAUAAUUGUUGGCAAAUUGCUGUGGUAUAAAAGCAGUCACCUACAGGGUGGUAACAGUAAUGCCGCUUCACAGAACUCUGUUGUUGAUGAUUUUCCUAUAACAGCAGUCAGUCAUGUUUUAUUCCUUAGUGUACAUGGCAGUUAACUGUGUGUUUGUCUUCAGUCUGUAAAUUUCUGCCUCUCCACAUUCCUACUCUAGUGAUGCCACCCAUGGGUCAUGCACUAUUAUUUACAAAAAUUUUAAGCUUCUCUGUUAUUGCAGCCUUUCACAAUGUGUUUAUUACGCUCACAUCACAAUGAGGAUAAAAUACAAUUAAUGGUGCAGCUCCUGUGUUUGUGUAGGACAUUGUGUAGGAUCCACUCUACCUCACCUGCUUUAACUGUUUUGUAGCUUCGUGUAUUACAAAAGACCUCACAGGUUUUGGUGAUUAUAUGCUGGCUUUAAUUACAUGUUUUCUCUUCUUCUGUUUCUGUCUGGAACAGGCUUGCACCCAGAAGAGCCAAUUUAUGUUAGUUUUCUAAAAAAAAAAAAACUUGAUGAACAUACAUUCAGUCACACUAUUUAGGUAAAUGAGCCCAUUUUGCAUGUCUGGCAAUUUAGUGUAAUUUUACGAGGAAGCGUAGCUCGCUGUGUGCUGUGCAGUGUGCUGCUGCGUUGGGUCAUGCAGGAAAAGCUGUCAUUUAGACAGGAGCUGCAGCAUUCGGCAAUUGUUUUACUAAUUGCCAAUUAGCUACCUUGGAAUAAAGUGCCAUCCUUUGUUGUAUUUUAGUGAUUUGCUGGCUAACCAGUCAUUACCGAUGUGUUUUGGAUGUUUACAAAAACAUUAACAGUGUCACAGGGGAACGAUUGUGUUUUCUCAAAAAACUACACCAUCCCUGGAGGUGCCGGUUAAACCAGGGGAGGAGAAUGGAGCAUUAUAUCAUUUUGCUCUGAGGUACAUGUCUGUUUGUACCCUAAGAGGAAAAGGCAAGGGGUAAGUGUGUGUUUCUGAUCAAUUCAAUCAACAUAACAAAAUGUAUUUACAAAAUGCAUGCAUUUUUGUGUAAAAUCUUCCUUUUUUUAUUAUUAUUUACAUCUAUCCCACUUUAUACUUUUUGAAUAAAGGAUUAGCAUCAAGCAAAAGAUCAGGCAAGAUUUGAAUCUGUUAGAAAGGAAAGCUUGAAACUCAUUAGGCUUUGUUUGAAACUUAAGUGGAUAAACUUUAAAGUUUGAGCAUUAUGUUAGUGAAAAGAUAAGCAGCAUUUACUACUGUGGUGUAUAAAAUAGCUGUGUUUUACAGGAACAGCUGAAAUAGAUUGUACAGUCCAAACAGAACAUGCAUUUUCUUUCUAUACGCUUAUUUGAGACGUGAUUGCCUUUUCAAUGAUACACAACUAAGGUCAAAGAAUGAACAAGGCACUCUUUUGACAGCUCAAGGUUUGUGUUUUGUGUGCAGUCCUUUGUAAAUUGGUAAAGAAAUACAGAGAAAGCAUGAUUAUUGAUUAUGUACUGGUUAAACCUGGGUGUAAGAUGGAGAAUAGACGGAUUAAAAGCAGCCAUUGUGUUGCAUUAGGCCUUUAUUCACACCACAAAGAAUGAGUUGUGUUUAUUAUUUUUUAGAGGAUGUACGUGUUUGCAUUUGUGCCUUCGCCAGUAAACAUAAGGCCUAGAUGGACAAAUAGCAACAAGACUCUGGCGGUGGAGCUUCAGCAGUGGUGCUUUUGUGCUCUUUUCUCCAGGGGGCUAAAUCUGUUAAUUAAUGAGAAUGGUUAACUAACUCCUCUUGGCUCUGACAAUCGCAAGAGCGUGCCAAAGCAACGGCACAGACAGAUGUGUGAGCCAGUCGGACGGAAAACAGAAUCGACACCGGGCUGCUCCUGCACUGCAAAAUGUGCAGUAAGUCAUGUCUGUUAAACUUAUCAUGCCACUCCGUGUCUUCCCUUUAAUUUGCUGUUAAUCAGCUGUAAUUGUGGCAGCUGCCGUGCUCUCACUCUCUGGGUCAGCAUGCCUCACUGUGCCCACUCAGCCACAAGUGCCUGUAUUUAUAGGAUGGAUGUGAAUCAGCAGUGCUGCUUUGUCAGUUCAACUCAUCAAAGUAGAAAAUCCUUAAGCACAUGUGUACAUGGGAUGUAAGGGGUGACCCAGCUGAGGCAUAUACAGAGAGGCUGCGUGGCCCAUCUCAUGUCGAGAGGAAAGCUCGAGCUCAGGUAGGGAUUUAAUUGGGUUUGUGUAUUACUCAAGGCUCUUCAGCUGCCCGGGACUCGGAGCUGUAUGCUUGUUGGUAGGCCCUCACAGCUGAGCCUCUCGAUUGUGACCCUAAACCUCAGCUAAUACCAGAGAAAUCCUAAGAGCUGCUCUUAGAUCAGGAAUUUAGAUGAUGUUGGUUUUGAAAUUUUGAUCACAAUGAGAUCAGGUCAGCCCGACUGAUUGGAUUUGAGAUCCUUGUAGAUAUUUGUGUGUUUGCGCGCAUAUGCUGCUGUUCACUUUUGGAAAGGGACGGGUGAUGGACAGGAGAUUCAGUGCUAGUGUAAACAUUUUUUUAUUUAGACGUCAAACUAAACAGCGACUCAACAGGUGCUCGAGGGGGAGUUCACUGCCACCUUUCUGGGCAGCUGUCUCUGCUCCGGAGCAGGCAGUAGAGUCGUCAAUAUCGACUGCUGGCCAUUGAUCAGCUCUAUUGAUCAGGAUGGGCAGUGGGGCCAAGGGAAGGAAAGGCCCACUGAUCCUCAUUGCAGCAAUUGUUUAGGGUCACUGACAAAUCCAAUUGCCUAUCAGGGAGCGAUCAUGGGAACAAACGGCUGAUGUCGAUGCUAGGGCCGUGCCCUGUGGUAGCUGUCACUCAGCAUUACUCCUGAUUUGUGUGUGUUUGUGUGUGUGUGUGGAUGUGAGCAGGGUGAUGCCAUGGGUUUCUGCCUUACUAUAUACAAUUCAACUGACUUUUAUUUGUAUAGUGCAUUUAACAGUCGGCAUUAUCACAUGCAGCUUUACAGAAAUCUGGAUGUAGAUUUAGAAAAACUUGAGAGGAACUAGACUCAAAAUGGAACCCAUCCUCUUUGGAAAGUGGAGUUAUAAACCAUUACUCUUCUAUAACUCUAUACUAUAAAGUCAAACAGUACUAAAUGUGUUGAAAGGAUGUUCAUUAUAAGAAUUACAGUCUUCAUGAUUACAGCAGCAGUUCUUAUGUACAAGUCGAGUAUACAGUAUCCUAUACUUCAGCAACAGCAAAAACCAAGAAAGCCCUGCAAGGCAGAGCCUAAACGCAGCUCAAUCCCACACCAGUAAUGUGGCCUAUAACAGAACAGAGCUUCAUUGAGGCCAUUGAGGCUGAUUUGCUUUGCCUGGCUGCUUGGGGUGACAGACACAACACCUGGCUGCCGGGGUUCCCAAUCAAAAGUGUGACUCGGGGCACUUUGCUAACUAAUUAUGGAAAACAGGAGCAACCUCGCUUCAUCCAGCUCCCCCCUUUCAACACCCCAGUGCCUCUUUUUUGGGGGUGUGCCUUUGAUAAGGCUUGCUCUCUUGUCAACAAGCGUGUAUUUAAUUAGUGUUGAUUGUUGUUAGCGUGUUCAAUAGUUAUUAAUUAGGCCUGGGAGGGGCCCUUCACUUGAUUGCAUGCCUGGAGCAGUGACAUCUUGUGUUGUUUCACACUCAGUCAUUCCAAACUAUAAAUGUGAGGGGCAUAAAAAGAAGAGGAUUUGUGUAUUUUUUUUUUUCUUCAAAAAGUGAGGUUUUAUUUUGCCAUUAUCUGCUGUCAGAUAGUUUCCCAUAGUUUUAGAAGAGGCAAGUACAAUACAGUUUGACAAAAUUGAUUUGCAUUCAUUGCCAAUGCUGCAAUUUGGAACUUACCCCCUGUUCCCUUAGCAUGAGCGUCACAGCAUGCCCAUCUGUUUACUAUCUAUGAAAGUGCUAAUACUAUCAACAUUAUGGCUUUGCAUAAUACACUUCUGUAUGCAUUUCACACCUAGAAACUCUGAUACUGUGAGCUGAGAUGAUCAGCCCAGGUGCACAUAUCUAGAGAGGAAAGGAUGAGUGUUGGUAGAGAAUUAUUUCUAUAUGUAUGUAUAUUUUACAAUAUAUGUGGCAGAGUAGGUCUAAAAAUAUAAUUUUCUGUCUGUGUGCACCAGGAAUUGUCUUGGGGUUCAUUCUAAACUUCUGCUGUGGGGUGCAUUUCCCGCUGUUCAGCUGAGCAUAUACUCUCAUUCGAAGGCGGCACGAGCAGCUCUGCCUAUUAAAAUGUAAAUUCCCUCUCGGUGCACCAGGCCCAGACUGUGGAACUCAGCGGGUGAAGAGAGGUGUGUGUGUGUGUGUGUGUGUAAAUGUGAUUGUGUGUGUUGUGAACCCAUUUUCUAGCAUGGUUUAUUUUUGGAAGGGCAAAAUGUGACAGACUCAAAUUCCGAAUUUUUCCAUAUGUGUGCUUUAAUUAAUGCAAUAUGAACUGGUAAAAAUGGGUUACAUAUAGACAUUCAGUGCAGAUAUUAACCAUAGAAUAUUGUUAAAUACUAGGAACUGAUGUAGGCAUCAUCAGUAACAUCUUUAUCAUUGCUGUCAUGCUAUCAUUGUCAUUUUUAUUGUAAUCAGAAAUUCAUGGAAGAAUGUUUGUUUAAAAAUCAUACUGAAGCCUGAUUUUAAAAAGCACACACACAAUUGUGGAUCAGCUUUAAGGAAGUAUUGCAUGGAUUUUUUUUAGAAAUCCACAUAACAAUGAUAACACUUUCAAUCUUCUUCUCAUGCCAGUUGAUUUGUGUGUGUGUGUGUGUGUGUGUGUGUGUGUUUGUGUUUUCUGGUUGUACAGUGACCUUGGGUACUAAACUUAUUAUUAUUAUUAUUAUUAUUAUUGUUACCCGAGGUCAAGCCUACUACAAUACUGUUUUCUUUUAGCAGUGUAUGUGUGUGUUUGAAUGCCUGUUGGUGAAACUUGCUUGGCACUAUUUGUCAUUCUACAGAGUUACUUCAAGUAGUUCAUCAUUUUUAAUGAUAAUGAUUUGGGUCGUACAUAGUCUUGUGUUUUUUUAUUUUUACUUUUUCUGAUUUUGGAGAACAAUAUAAUAAGGAGCUACAUAACACAUUCAUAAGAAUUGCAUAAAUCAUUACUGGAGGAUUUAUAACGGGCUUAUGUCAAAACUUUUAAGGUGAUAAAGGCUUUAUUUAGUGUUUGACUUGUUUUUACGUGACAUUUGGAUAAACUCCUCAUCUUGAAGGUUUGUUUUCGCAUGCAUUCCUGUUCAACCUGACAUACGGGUUUCUUAAAUAAAUUUAGAAGGUAUACUUUAGUGAUUAUUACUUUGGUUUGAGAACAUGAAAAUAGGUCGUUCAGCUGACAUGGAUUGGAUAUAAAGUGUAGUUGUAAAAGAUGUACAUAGUGCUUCAUAGCAGUGCAAAAUAAAUUCAGAAUUAAUUACUACUUUAGUCUGCGGUUCUGGAAAUCAUUCAUUUAUCUGAUACUGUAUAUGGGCUUCUUAAAUACAUGAACUCGUGCUUCAUAGUAGUUUGGAGUUUCCUAAAAGGUAAAAUGCCAGUUAGAUACUUCAUAGAUGAUUUCCUAAACCGUCAUGAAUGUAAUGUUAGUAAAAGACAAAUAACUUAGAAUUAACAAUGACAGAUUUUUACAGUCUCAGUCAAUACAUAAUGACUGUAGAGGUUCCUUCUCACCCAACAUCAUACAAAUAUUGUCAUAUGUCAUAUGUUUUGACCUAAGGCUUACAUAAAUCCUCCAGGCUCACUUUAUAAAAGUUUCAUCCAGCAGUUCUGAAUUUAUUAUUCGCCUCAGCGCAGACACCCUUCAAAAAAUGUUUUUAAAGUCUCAGUUGAGCUUCCAAAAGGUUUCCUCUCUGCAACAAGCCACUAGGUGGAGCUGUGAUCUUUUUAUAAAUGCA